AUGGCUCCUUCCAAGAAACAAUCGCCAGUGCAGACCACCAAGGCAACGGAAAAGAAGAAGGACGAGAACGCACCCGAGCGUGGCCGUUCUGCCUACUUGUUUUGGCUCGCGGAGAACCGUAGUCGCUUUGUUUUUAAACCUGGAAUGAGGGCCUAUGAUGUCACCAAGGCUGCGGGCGCUGAAUGGACGAACCUUAAGGACCGUUCAAAGUGGGAAAAGCAAGCCGCAGCUGACAAGGAGCGCUACACUAAGGAAAUGGAAGCUUACGAGGAGCGCUACACUAAGGAAAUGGAAGCUUACAAGGCCUCGUCAUCCCAA